CUGUGGAUGACUUGGCGCUGAAUCCCGAGUGGUGCUUUCAUCCGGGGGAGGUUGAUACGGAUCCUGAGCAUCCGAAGUAUAAGGCCGAAAGACCUGUGCUGGGGAGGAUAUUUCAGGCGGCAAGGGAGAUUGUGGAGGGGUUGCCGGAGGGGCAGUUGAUUAGUUUCAGGUGGGUAUUGUGCUAGCGGCCGAGUGCUUACUGAUCCUUCAAGUUGCUGUUAGGUGGUGUAGGUCUGAUGCUGAAUGAUCGAUGCAGCUGGGAUCUCGGAGCCUGUCUCCCGCCUGAUUUUGUCGAGGCGCUGGCUAGAAGGCAACCGCGUCUUCGAGAGCUGCAGUUCACUACCGAUGUGAAGUGUUUGGGUCCUCCUGAAGAUGAUGCUAAGAGGAUCAAUGGGGCUGGGGCUUGCUUCAAGAAACUGAGGCGGUUUUGCUGGCGGGGGUAUACUUCCAUGCGGCAGCCGAUUCAACUGGCGGAGAUUGUCGAAGCUAACUGUCAGCAACUUGAAGAGCUGGAGUUGGAUUUUGGAUCGCGGUGGCUUCGCAAGGAACGGAAAGAGCUUACUGGGGAGUUGGGGUCUCGAGGCCGUCUUGUUCACGUCCUUCCGCAAACCGUUCCGUCGGCACCAGCGAGCUUUGUUUUUCCGGCGCUGCGGGUCCUGUCAUUGACUGGGGUCGAUCUCCGGGAUACCGCAGGGAAGCUCAACGGUGCGUUCGAUUUCGAGUCGCUAGAGUCGCUCUCACUCCGGACCUGCUACAACUGGCAAGACUUCUUGGCAAAGAUUGCGCGCUCGGGAGUUCAAAUAAAACUCAAGCGUCUUGAGAUAAAGGGCGCGGAGGACUCGGACCGUUACGGGUCUUCAGGAUAUUUUUCUGGGCAUUGUGGCGGAUGGAAACGACGAUGACAAUCACGACGUCUGGACGGGCUGUCUUGAACCGCAUAAGGCCACUCUCAAAAGGUUGGUGUGCCACGAGCGCCGGUACAUCACCGUCAACAGAAACACACUAUCCGGUGGGCUGUGUGACUGGCAGAUUGUGGACGUCUACGACCUGAUCCUGCGUCUUCAGCAGCAUCAAAACGACUUCUCAGCUCCU